GACACUGCUGAUCCUGUAACAUGGAGGAUUGCCUUCAUACCUCAUCUGAGAAUCUGUCCAAAUUGGUCAGCUGGGCCCACAGCCAUGGGACCAUUUGCAGCCUCAUUCCAAACCUGAAACACUUGCUUUCAGAAGGUUCCCAUGGGAACCUCACAGCAAUGUGGGGCUGUAGUGCUGGCCAUGCUUAUCACUGGCCAUUGACAGCUACUUGCAGAGCUGGGUCCCAAGAAAGGGUCUGUUUCCAGGAUAACAGAAGUUUUAACUCUGAUAGUCCCAGUAUAAUCGGAGUGCCCUCCGAGACACAAACUAGCCCUGUUGAAAGGUACCCUGGGAGACCAGUGAAAGCGAAGCUAGACUGUAAUCGGACCAGAGACUCUUGUGACUUCUCUUAUUGCAGUGAGCCCUCUGAACUGGAUGAAGCUGUUGAAGAAUAUGAAGAUGAAAACACCCUGUUUGACAUGGUUUGUGAGUCUUCUGUUACAGAUGAGGAUAGUGACUUUGAACCCCAAACCCAAAGGCCUCAAACCAUUGCUCGAAAAAGGCCUGGAAUAGUUCCAUCUUCUCUCCAUUCCAGCUCCCAAGCUCAAAUGGUUGAUGAAUGCAGCAAUGAUGUCAUCAUUAAGAAAAUCAAACAAGAGAUUCCCGAGGAUUAUUACAUUGUGGCGAAUGCAGAGCUGACUGGAGGGGUAGACGGACCAGCCCUGUCAUUGACACAGAUGGCAAAACCCAAGCCUCAGAGUCAUGCUGGUCCCUCUUGUAUAGGGUCUGCUAAGCUGAUUCCCCAUGUAACAUCUGCCAUCAGCACAGAGCUGGACCCACAUGGUGUGUCUGCAUCCCCCUCUGUGAUGUCCAGACCGAUCGUCCAGAAGACUGCCAGGGUAUCUCUGGCUUCACCAAACAGAGGACCUCCCAGUGCCCAUGGCACAAACCAGCAGGUGGCCAUGCAGAUGCCUGUGAGCACUUCCCAUCCUAAUAAACAGAUCAGCAUCCCUUUGUCUGCCCUGCAACUGCCUGGACAAGAUGACCAAAUUGCUUCUGAAGAGUUCCUGCCCCAUCUGCCCAGCCAGGUCUCCUCUUGUGAGGUAGCUCUUUCUCCCUCAGUUAACACAGAGCCAGAAGUGAGCUCCAGUCAGCAGCAGCCCCCAGUUGCUCCAACCAUAACCACUGAGGCCACAGCACAGUGCAUACCAGACCAGGAUGAAAGAGCAGCUGAGCUCAGCAGGGAGCAGAAUGAGAAAACCAUCCGGAGCACGCAGACUGCGCUCCGCAAUUUCCCCUAUUCUACUAAGCUCAACAAAUUUCCUGUAUUUAAUAUUAAUGAUGACUUGAAUGAUCUGUGUACCAGUGCCGUGAGCCCAAAUACUACCAAAGCCACGCGGUAUGCCCUGAAUGUGUGGCGAUAUUGGUGCAUGACCAACGGGCUCAAAGAUCACACAGACAUCACCAAGAUCCCCGCGACGAAGUUGAACGAGCUGCUCGAGAAUUUUUACGUCACCGUUAAGAAGAGUGACGGCUCCGACUUCCUGGCCACCUCGCUGCACGCCAUCCGCCGGGGCCUGGACCGCAUCCUGAAGAAUGCAGGUGUGGGCUUUUCCAUCACCAGCAGCACCUUCAGCUCUUCCACCAAGAAACUCAAGGAGAAGCUGUGGGUGCUGAGCAAGGCAGGGAUGUCAGGUGCUCGUUCUCGCAAUAUUGUCUACUUUUCUCUUUCUGAUGAGGAGGAGAUGUGGCAGGCAGGGUGUCUAGGGGAUGACAGCCCCAUUACUCUCUUGUCCACUGUGGUCAAGUACAACAGCCAGUACCUGAACAUGCGGACACUGCAGGAGCAUGCAGAUCUGAUGUAUGGUGACAUUGAGCUGCUCAAAGACCCACAGAACCAGCCCUAUUUUGCCCGGACAGACAGUGUCAAGCGGGAGAGCCGGAGCGGUUCCACUAGAGUGUGUCAUGGGAAAAUCUACCAUGAGCAUUCCCGGGGACACAAACAGUGCCCUUACUGCCUCCUCUACAAGUAUAUGUACAUCCACCGGCCGCCCACCCAAAUGGAGGCCAAGUCCCCUUUCUACCUUACAGCCAGGAAGGAGGCCACAGACAUGGGCAGCGUAUGGUAUGAGGAACAGAGGAUGGGACUGCGCUCUCUUCGGGGAAUUGUCCCAAACUUAGCCAAGAAGGUCAAGCUGGAAAACUGUGAGAACUUCACCUUUGUCUCAUUUACUCAGGUCUCUAGGAGACUUGGCUCCCACAGUUGCUGUCAGUGAGUCUUCCCUGGGUCCAGGCCACUGCCCUGCUUACCCUGGUGGGAGGGAGCUCCCUCAGGCAGCCAGGGCCAGAGCUCCGAGGUGGCAGGGGACGACUGUGACAUCAAGGUCAGGCUGGUCUCUGUCAGUGUGACCUGCUGUUUCUUUGACUUCGGGUUUGUUCUUUUUUUUAACUGAAAGUAGAUGGGUCUGAGUAAUUAGGGUAUUUUAUCCAAAUGUGUGUCACCUUUGUUAAAUAAUAGAAUCUAACACAAUGUAUAAUUGUUCCAUACACAAAAGUGGAGGAAGUUCAUCUUAUCUAGUGCCUUUUUAGCACAGAUUUUUCUCAAAAAAAAAAAAAAAAA